AGCUCCCAGAUUCUUUCCACCACAUCCUACAGAUCUGGGAAGAGACUUUGUGCUGCAAUGAGAAAGCAAGUGCAAUACUCCCAAUGCAACAGGCAGCAAACUUAGACAUGCACCCUUGUCCGGAGCAGAGGGUGACAUGUGCUCCUGUUGCAUGGGACAGCGACAGGAUGCGAUCCUCUGGAAACAAGGCUGUGCUGGACUGGCGUGCCAAGAAGAAGGAUGCUCUGCAUGGCAGUGGGACAGCUCUUCCCCAGGCUCUCAGAGGACACAGGAGCUCUGAUGGGACAGGUGCUGAGGGUGCGGUGGCAACUGCAUUCUGCCAGGCAGGUUAUCGUCCACCAAGAGAGAAACCUCAGCACCAGAAAGAAUUGGAGCCUCCCUUCUGCCAGCCCAGAGCAGGAAAACGGUCUUACAGCCCCAGGAACAAGUGGCCAAGAAUUAAACCUCUGCCUUCAGCUGAAUCCCUGGGUCCUGCCCCUGGGAAGCCUCCAAGACCGCCAAAGUUUGACCUCAGUACUUUCCAAAGCAUCCUGCCUUUGGUCCACAGAGGAAAUGAAACAACUGCUGGUGAAGAGGAUUACUUGAGCCCCGAAAGUGCUCAACUUGAAGAGCAGAAUAAUUAUGAAGAAACACCAAUGUACCUGAAUCAGUCUGGGGACACCACAACCUUGUGUGUCAUUGAAGUACCUAAGGCAGAGCCUCAGGAGCACAAGAAACAGAAGAUUUUUCCCUUUGCCAAAUACAGUCCUGAAAGAGCUACAAUAGAGGAUAAAAAAGAGGGGAAACCAAGUCAUGAAAGAGAGAAACUGGAAGUGAAGAAAAUUUUCAAGACAGGUGGAAGUGAAUACAUGUCUCCCAGUAGUCAAACCAAGGAAGAUGGCAGAGGUGGGAUGAAGGUUCUGCAAGGGAAGCAGGAUGUGACCAGUACCCUGCCUGCAAAGUACCCUACCCUACAAGGGCUGGCAAAAGACAGAGCCGAGCUCUUGCACAGCAUGGAUGUUGGUGCUCCAAAGCCAGGGAUAGAAAGAACAACUUUGAACCAAAACACUUGGCAGCCUCUGCAGGCACCAGAGGAUAUAUACGAUGAUAUCGCAGAACUGCAAGAUGGACUCAGCUACGGGUCAAAUGCCUCAAGUUCCUUCACUUCAGACAGCUUUUCAGGAAACAGCUACGAGGAAACAUAUGAAGAUGUUGAGAUUGGAGGUGAUAAUCCAGCAAAACCAGAAACAGAAAAACAGAAGAGAUUUGGAAACCUGUUUAAGAUAGAAAAGUUGAAGCUGAAUAAUUUCAGGCUCAAGGAAAACCUAAGAUUGGUUUCCAUUUCGGUACCAAAUUUAGCAUCUGUAUCCCAGGAGGACCAGGUGUAUGACGAUAUCGAGGUGGGGCAGAGAGAGCCCAGAGAGAAGGAUGACAAGUACAAAAUCCGGAUGCCAAAACUUCAAGUGGUGAAAGACAAAAGGAAAAGCAUCGGCGAUGUGGAAAGAAAUAUCUUCAAAUUCAAGAAGAGCAGUGAAGAAAAAAGCAGGAAGAGAGAAAAAGAAGAGAAGUUCUUUAGAGAAACAUUUGUGUAUGAUAAGGAGAUCAGUGUCAUCAACACAGCCAUUGCUGAGUGCUCGGUCCCCAGUGAGAGGAGAGUGGAUCUCCCUGUCACAGCUGGAGAACAGCUGGAUGUCAUUGAUGUCACGGAGGGCCACGCAGUGAUCUGCCGAAAUUCAGAGGGCAGAUAUGGGUACGUUCUAGUGGAGCACUUGAACUUCAGACAGUACUAACUUCCCUGAGAGCUGCUCUCCCCUGGAUCAUUCCUGAAAGUCUCCAUUGUGCUUCCUGCAUCCAGGAGAGCCCACGUUGGUCAACUGUGGAGUGAUGAUGCCCAUGUAAAUAAAGCUGAAUUAUUUUUUGUACUGUUAAA